AUGUCUAACUCCCUCUGCGAGCAUGAAAGAGAGUACGAAUCCGGUGGCUUGCACCCCGUCCACAUAGGCGACACCUUUGUAGACCGCUACCAGGUGAUCAACAAGCUGGGACAUGGCUACUCGUCCACCAUCUGGCUUGUUCACGACUCAACAACUGCAAAAUACGCUUCACUAAAGAUUCUUGAAGCUCGUAGAUCUGAGUCGCCGACAGAGCUUCAUGUUCUGAAACAUCUCGAAGCGACGUUCGAUGCAGAGGAAGAGGGAAGUAAACAUGUUGUUCGGAUGCUCGACCAUUUCAUGCAUCUAGGACCGAAUGGAGCCCAUCUGUGUAUCGUCCAGGAACUACUUGGGCCCAGCUUCGCGCUUGACAUCGAGUAUCACAAGGGUAUUGCCUACCUCCCCGAGAGCACGUCAGGUCGACUCGUUGGCCAACUUAUUCUCGCUGUCGCCUAUCUUCACAAACGCGGAAUUGCCCAUGGCGACCUCCAUUCCGGGAACCUUCUCCUGUGUCUACCCUCACCGCUGGACCCAGACAUAGAUUUCACUACAGUAGUCAGCCAUACUUGGGGCCUACCCUCCGAACCCUCCCCCACACAAACCACGGUAUCUCGUUGA